AUGGAGCCACAAAUAAUAAAGAGCAAGCCACUUUCAAAAGAUGAAAGCAAAGCCUUACUCGAACUUAUUGAAAUGAGCAAAAUUAUAAUAUCUAAAGCCACAAACGCCAGCAGCAAUAAAAUGAAAGAUAAAGAGUGGGUACGAAUAGCCGAGCAGUUUAAUGCUACAGCAACAAGUUGUCGUCGGACACCACAACAGCUUCGGCUGAAAUGGGAGAAUUUAAAGAAGAAUGCACGUAAACGUUGCACUAAAAUAAGAAUGAACAGCAUAAACACUGGCGGUGGUGUUGGUGAGUAUAUACCCCCAGACGAAAUACUGGAUCGUGUUACCAGCUUAUUGGGGAAUGCAGCUAGUGGAUUAGUUGUUCCUUAUGGGGGAGAUAGGGAACCCGAGCACUUUGUAGUGAUUAGUGAUGGUGGUGGUAUCGUGCCAAAUGGAAAUGGUGUAGAGAAAUUAGGUGGUGAUGCUAGGGUCAAUCUAGAAAUCCUAGAGUUUCAGGACACACCAGUGCCAGAUCCGCAAAAGGAAAUGGUUGUAACCCCUACUUCUCCACAUUCAGCAAUGGCUCAGGUUAACACCUAUGCUGUUGCUGAACAAAAUAAAGUUUCGGAUACACCACGGAGAGUAACAUUCAAUGUUCCUAAAACAGGUAAUGGUUAUUUUGAUGUUGAUAGAAUUUUAAUUUAUAAGAUAACAAUUUCACAUGGUGUUCCAUUUGCUGAGGUGGUGGUAUGGUCAAACUUGUAG